AUGGCAGUUUCGAAUAUCUCUGUCUUAUCGCAUCAACCUCUCCGAGAAAAUACUUUGAGCAAGAAGUCAGAAGUGGAACUCAGCCUAGUUCCGUCUCUUUCUCGUUUUUCAGGUCGGGAGUCGGCUACGGUAGGUUUUUUUGGCUGUAGGUCGCUACACAAUAGACUUGCGUGCCCUUUCAUGCGCCGUCUCCAAUGCGAGGGUUGGAAAUUCCGGGAGGAACAAGAAUAUGGCGCACGGUCGGCCUUGUGGAAACCGACGAGCAUUCGCUCUCUUCAUAUGAAAUAAGUCAGUCGAUUCUCUUCUGAAAAAGGGGAAUUCCUCUCUCGUGGUAGUACUUAUGAGCACUGCUUGAAACCACAAUGAAACAAAAACGGAAAAAUUGGAAAUGCGCUACUCAGCGGGAAAAAUUUAGUUAGGCUACUUCCUUCUAGGUUAAAAAUUGAUCUGAUGAUCUUCACACGUCCCUCGAUUCAUUUUUCUGGAAUCGAUAAACGUAUCGAGAAAAUUAUUGAGAAAAUUAUCGAUAAACUAUCAAGUUUUUUGCUCGAAGAACUGAGAAUUCAAACCGCUGAGCGAUGCAAUAUGGCGAUCGCAACAAGGCCGCUCUAAUUAGAGGGGUUUCGGCGGUUGCUCCAAAGGAGAUUUCGUGAAAGCGAGCCCCGCCACAGGUGAGACCUGCCAUAUGCUCAGAGCUCAAGCUCUUCCAGCUCUUGUUGAUGCUGCUGACAGCGCUCAAGUCUUCGCCUCAGAUUUUCCCGUUUACGGUAGCUGAGCAAACAAGUUUCGGCUGCCUUCAUGGGCUACUGUGGUUGAGAAAACAAAAAAUAUCCAAUAUUGGCUUGAAUAGUAAAAUUUCAAUUUGAUCCAUAGAAAUUCAUUUUUGUCUCUGAAAAUGAAAUUCAUUAGGUAAGAGGGAAUCGAAACAACGAAAUGUCCCCUUUUUCCGUUUUCCUCUUAGUCGAAUUGCAAACGAUUUGAAAGUUCGCUUAUUUAUUGAUGGUUCAGAAAUUUCGAUAAUUGGUAUUUCAUUUUGUGUGCCAUAAUGAGUUUUAGAGUGAUGAUCUGAAACUGAUUAAAAAUUUGAAAUCUUGACGUUAACGUUUGAAUUAUUUUCGAAUCCACUAAAAUGUUGCUUCAUUUGUCCCGAUUUGAAACGCUCGGGAUUUUCUACGCUCUCUUGGCCAUCAUCUUGGGUUAUGUGCUUUUUUCGGCCGUUUAAUGAGCUUUUAGAGAAAAGAGGGCGCAGACAAGUCAGACUUUUCCGAGUCAUGGCGAUACAGAAUGUGGUUAUAGUUUUGCAGAUGCAAAAUCCGAAUGUUCAGAAUUGUUUUCUCUCAAAUCAUGCUCGUUUUUUCUGAGUCAAACCGUUUUGUCAUGGUGAAGAAUGAGCCGAGCGAUACACUGCCGAGGCUCCAUAAUUACUUUCGCACUUCCGGUGUUUCUGCAGGCCUCGAGGGACUUCCGUCAAGCGACGUCGCCGCCGAAGACGUGACACGUGGCGACGUGCCAACGAGUCCCAACAAACAUUCGGGACGUGCCUCUGGGCCUUCACAUGUUCACCUGAAGACGUGUUAA